CUUUCGCUUUUAUGGUAUAAGGCCUCAGGGAUUUUUCAAGACUGACAAUACUUUACAGGUGGAAAUGGACAUUCCGUCAUGUCUGUAGGCAACUGUCAGAAAUGAGAGGUGACCAGUGAAAUGGGUUUUGACUGACGCAUUUUUCUCAAUUUCUGAAGCUGAGUAAUACUCACCACCAAUGGCUCAGAGGAGGAACCCCGCCAGAGAGAGGAAGCGGUGCCUGGAGGUACUGGAGCUGACCGAAGAAGCCACUGAUGAACAAAUAAAGAAAAGUUAUAGAAAAUUGGCUCUACAGUACCAUCCUGAUAAGAACCAAAGUGAAGAUGCAAAAGAGAAGUUCCAGGAAAUUGGAUAUGCCUACAAGUACCUUACAGAAGGACCUGAGGCAGUUGGUUUGCAUGAUGAUUCUUCGGAUGUUGGAGCUUUCGAUGACACUGCCACGAUGGAUAUAUUAUUCAGACUUUUCCCCUGGCUUAUUGGAGGUGGUAACCAGAGAAGAGGACACACCACUUUUAUGUUUUCCAAUGGCCCGGGUUUCGGGUUUUCCUCCUUCACAUCUAGUCCAUUUCAUUCGUCCUUCUUUGCUGACCAUGAUGACCACUUCCCGACGUUUAUGGAAGAAGACUCGUUUGGUAUGAGGUCACCUUUUGACCACCUAUUCCACUUUCAGCAGCCAGGUCUGGGUGGACAUUUCCAUCGUUCCUCAAGGUCUCGCCACCACCAGCCUCAGAGGAACAGACCUCAACGCCACCAUGUGAAUGUAAACCAUAGAUCCACCCCCAAACAAGAACCUCAAACAAAUGGAGGAAGUAGACCAUUCCCGACGGAGGACUUUAUUGAGAUUUCUGAUGAUGAUGAUGAUGAUGUAGUGAUUCAAGGAAGCACUGGUCCCAGCAGGGACACACCAAUGGGAAAUUCUAGUGAAGAACACAGAAGAGACUCGGACUAUUUUGAGAAGUACAGACCUGAUAUACCUUUGAGUGAGAAGGAGGAGGAAGAGAUGCUAAAUAUAGCACUAGAACUCAGUAAAUCGGAACUCUCUAAAGAAGACACGAACAACAAUAAAAAGAAAGAACAGGAGAGUAAGAAAAAGAAAGAAGAUAAAAACUUCUCAGUCAAAGUAUCAGCUGAUUAUGGUGCAGAUGUACCAUCAGGGUCAGGGGCGAAUGAAGGUCAAGGUCAGUUCAAUGGGAUGCCGAGACAAGGUAAACCUCGCGAUGUAGACGAGUUUUCUACUUACGAUAAUUGUGAGAGUGAUGAUAAUCAAGACACAAUGUCGUGGUAUGACAAUAUAGGUGGAUUAACCGACAACUCUCUUCACUCUCCAAUGACUGAGGUACAUAAAACCUAUUAUGCUAGGAAGCACCAUAACCACAAAGAUCAACCGAAAGCUGCCUCUAGUUCUGUUCCCCAUAGCACCUCUAAGAAGUCGGGCCCCUCCCACACGGCCCAUACACACGGUGCAGGCAGUCGAGGGACUGAUCACACAGAUCUAGGAAGGAGGAGGGCUAAUUUCAGGCACGGCGAUGACGUCAGACAUCACCAAACGUCAUCACAUGUACCGAAGAGCUCCAAAACAGACAAAGCAAAGGGGACACACCACAAACACUGAUGUAGAGGCUGUCUGAAACUGUAUGCAGAUUACUGAGAGGGAAUGGUGCAUAUAAAAUGUGUUUUGUCUUAUUUCAAAAACUGUUUUGUUAUAUCGGUAUGGUUAUUGAAGGCAUUUGUUUUUAUUCUUUAUGAGUAAUUAUGAGUGAUAUUUGAAUGAAAAUUAGAGGAAUUGCUCUCUAUUGAUGUUAACAUAGAUUUUUAAUGUUUUUUUUUUCUUUAAAAAAAAAUGUAAAGCAGUGUUGCCUGUCGGUAUGUUUUUGACAAAUCACAUCUUGAGUAUAUGCAUUCUGUCAUGUACAUAGCACAAUUCUGUCAAUCUUGACCUAAUUUAUCUAUUGUAGACAUAAUUGUGUGCCAUGAUAUAUUUGUUUUAUUUAAGGCUGACAUGUCAUUGCAGCUUAAUAUAUUGUUUUGAAGUUAAAAAGUAUACAUGUAUCCGGCUGAUUUAUUUAUUUACAGAUAAUUCUAAAACCAAAGGAGUGCUUAUGAAUGUGUCCAUGUUGUCCGACAAAAUGACUGGUUUUUUUUAGUUUAUUAGUUUGAUAUAUGGGAUGUUUAAUAUGGAAACAACUUAGCAUUUGUAACUGGAAUGUGUGAAAAAUUGUGAAUUGAAUAUUUAUACGGUCAGUCAUUUUGCAUUAUUUAAAAUAAAUUAGUGCAUAUGCAAAGGCUUUUCUCUUGUCCAAAGUUAAUGUAACUGAUAUAUGACAAACUUUAAUACCCCUGAGUCUGGUUUUAUGACGAAAGAAAAAGAAAUACAGUUUGGUAACUAACAAUCAUAGCUGUCAAUUCUAAGUACAUAUAAUCAAAAGCAAAUUUUCUCCUUUCGAAAGCAAUUUUCAAUUUUUAAAGCUCGUAUGUAAUUGAAAGCAAUUUUCAUUCUUUUUAAAAAUCCCUCGUGUGAAAUUAUAUAUUCAUGUAAUUUUUGUUAAUCAACAUGCUAUUGUAAAGCCUAAUAUGAUGUUCAUUUUUCUUUCGGAAAGUUAUGUGUCUAGAUAAUGUACAAACACUUCAACCAUAUCUUUUAAUUUAAAUGAUGCAAAAUUACAGACCAUUUCACUAUGAGGAAAAACCACUGUUGCUUUAUUAAAUUUUGUCUGAAAA